AUGAUCAUACAUAGACUAAAUGAUAUAUUGGAAAUAAAAGGUCUUAUAUCGCCAUAUCAGAGUGGAUUCAGAGAGGACAGUAGUUCAAAUGCUCCUGCAUCCACUUCCCCACAGUUCUCCCGAAGAGCUUCUGUGUUUGGAAGGCGCCGACCUCUGUCCCCACUGGAGAGGGUCAGUCAGCUUCUGCCUGAAGACACAUUAAGUCAAGAGGUUUGGGCUCUACGGGACACUAGAAACACUGAGGUGGAACAGGACAGUCAGAGUCUGGGGAAGGAGCGAGAAGAAGCUAUACAGGAACCUCAAGGAUCUUUUGCUCCACAUCAUGUGUGUGUUCCUGGGGAAAGGCCACUAUGUUUUGGAGAGACUCUGCUGGCCGAGUUCAGUCGAAAGAGACGUUUAGAGUUUCAGAAGAUGUUCCAGCUAAAGGAAGGACUGAAGCUCCAUAGCAACUGGGGAUUAAUAGCUCAUAAUGACAUGGAGGGGCGACCUGCUGGAAGCGUCAUACGCACUUCAAUGGGAAUCCCGAUUGUCAUUCGUCGAUCCAGUCUGGAUGAGUUCACUCUCUUCAUGAAGAGAGGGCCAGCUAUUGCAUACCCUAAAGAUGCUAGUGCGAUGUUGACCAUGAUGGAUGUGACUGAAGGAGAUUGUGUUCUGGAAUCAGGCUCUGGAUCUGGUGCCAUGAGCCUCUUCCUGUCCAGGGCAGUGGGUUAUAAAGGAAGUGUUUUGAGUGUGGAGAUAAGAGAGGACCAUCACAGAUGUGCUGUAUUAAACUACCAGCGUUGGCGGUCCUCGUGGAGUCUUCGGCGAGGAGAGGAAUGGCCUGAUAAUGUUCACUUUCACCAUGGAGAUCUCAUAUCUGCCGGACCUCUUCUGGCAGGGCGAGGUUUCAACUCGGUUGCUCUGGAUAUGGUUAAUCCACAUUUGGCUUUACCUGCUGUGGUUCCUCACCUCCAUCCUGGAUCUGUGUGUGCUGUUUAUCAAGCAAAUAUCACACAGGUCAUUGAUCUGAUGGAGGGACUGCGAUGCUCUGCCCUUCCUCUGGUGUGUGAACGCAUUGUUGAGGUUCAGUACAGGGACUGGCUUGUUGGCCCGUCACUCAAAAAAGAUGGUACAUUUAACAAACGAAUAGCUCCUCAUGAAGAUGAUGAUGACAACGAAAGUGAACCAAAUGAAGACACGAAAGGGGAUUUGAAUUGUCAAGAUCCGGUGCCGUUUGGAGAUGUCCCAUACAUUGCACGUCCUCAUCCUGAACAGACUGGCCAUACAGCCUUCCUCGUAAAACUACGAAAGAUCUUGAAAUAGAUGUUCCACAUUUAAUGUCUGUGCAAGAAGACAGCAAAGCUACUGUGUCUUAUAUGCUGUAUCAAUAAACUUGUACAAUAAAAAGACUAUAC